UGUACAGAGUUUUGCUGUUCAAUAAUGUCAGAGCUUGGCUCAUUCCUUUCAGUCUUGUCCUAAUGCCACCGCCUUAUUGGGCUGGUAUUCACAGGAGAACCCUUAAUAAACCGAAAUAUUAUCAAGGCUGGACUAUUGUAAUUCUUUACUAUCAGGAUGUCCACAAAUUGCAGUUAAAAGUCUUCAGCUGAUCCAAAAUGCUGCAUUGGAAUGUAUGUACUUGACUUGAAAUCUGUAUUAUUCGACUGAAUUGACUUUGUAAAGUGCCUUGAGAUGACAUGUGUUGUAAAUUGGCGCUAUAUAAAUAGAACUGAAUUGAAUUGAAAUUGCAUUUUAAAGCUGAACAGGUUAUACUUCAGAAAACAUGAAUCAGGGGUGAUUAUCAGAUAGUUUCAUUCAAAUUAAGUUAUGCACAGUAAACAUAUUUUGAACAGAAUUUGUUGGAAUAUUCAAUACGUUUUUUUGUGGCAAUCUUUUCUUAUAUUGUCAUAGUACGUAUUGUGAAUUGGCUCUGCAUAAAUAAAGCUAUAUUGAAUUCAAGUGAAUAAACUCCCGAUUUCGAUAACUCUAGAUCCCCCAUCCUUUCUGACCAAAUUUCAAGCAGAUCGAUCAAAAUCUCUGAUCAUAUACGAAGGCUAUAAAUGACAAAAAUGGGGUCAAAAUUGCAAAUUCAAUCCAAGAUGGCUGACCUGCUGUUUGUUUCAGAACAUGGUUGCAAGAGAGUUUUAGGUAGGUCUUCUAGAGUUCAAUAUGUGUACAAAUUUUCGUACCUCUUCGAUAAAGUAAGGUAAAUGCAGAGGGUGUUUUGAAAAUUUGCAAAAGGGGGGUGCCAUUGAGCUAUUUUUAUUGCGACUUUUGUGAAACCCUCAAAACACAUAAAUUUCACAAACUACUGACGCCUCCACCAAAUUUGUUGAGUUUUUCAAAAUGUUAAAGCCUCCAAAGAUGCAAUUAAUUUGGCGGAUGAAUAAUAUUAAUAAAAUACAUUCAAACUACAAUAGGCCUUGGCAGGCUAGUGUAAUAAAUCGGACUGAAAAAUGGUUGCUACUCCACCUCCUCAGUAUUUUGGGGUAUGUGAAAAUGUAAAUAAUCAGAAGGAGCCAUGUUGUUACGUACAUACUAAAGAAUAAUGAGUUAAACAGUGGCAUGUAAGUGUGCAUCAGUCAACAGGAAAUGCUUUGUAAUUAUGCUGAGAUUAGCAUAAUUAGCAAGCUUAAGCUCAUUCAUUGUGGAAAUUUUAGAAACUAAUCAGAAGUGCAUCAUAAUCAUUGUGUUUAAAACACAUUAACUCCAGAAACCAGAAGGCAAAUUCACAUGAAUUUUACCUGAAGAGAUGUGGAAAUCUUUAUGAAAAAGUAAUGAAAAUGUUUAACUUUUUUUUCCACAAACCUUUAGUGCAAAUAAAAAAGACUUCUGUGGAAGAUUCUUGAUAAAACAUAAUCGAACUCAAAUAUGAGAUUUUGUUCUGCCUUUCUGUGGUGAAAAUGCAUUGAGUAAGUUCAUUUGCAGGCUCAUGAGAGAGGAAUCCCUCUGGCUGUACUGGCCUGUUUUGGUCUAAUACAGCCGGAGUCUGCAUUUCCCAGAUGAAUGAAACAUCAUUAGUAGUGUUUCUGCUGCUUCACCUGCUUUUGCUCUAGCAAUUAUCAGUAGUCUCUCUUUUACAACAUAACUGUCAUCAACAAAGCUCAGUACAAUAGAAAUAUUUUCACAUUGUGUUAGAUCUCUGGUUCCAUCUACUUCCAUCUACUUUUCCUCAACAAUAUGCUCAGUCACUAUGAGUUCAUUUUGAAUCUCAUGGCAUGUGUAUGUUGCAUUCCUGAAAAUGGCAGGGAUCAAUUUAGCCAACUCUGGGUCUUUUUCUGUGGUAUACUCAAACAAAGUUAAGAAUAAACCACAACCAGUCUGUCCCAAUGACAAACAGUGCACAACAUCCCUCAUGGUGGAACAUGUUGGUCGCAGACGAUAGAUGGAGCUAAUACAGGACAAUCUAAAAAGAAAGUCAGUUAGUGGUGGAGGAUCACCUUCCAGCAGGAAAAUGAUCCUAAACAUACAUUUUGUAUAAAACGAAAUGUGAAAAUCAAGUUCUUUCACUUUUUGUUCUCACUUGGACAGAUUUAAACUUUGCAUUAAACUUGUGAUGUUGAUACUUUGAAUUUGGUUGUUCGUUUUCCUCAUCAGCUGAUAUAAAUCACUCAUGAAACAAGAGCCUCUAUUGUUAUCAUUACUCUCUAGCUCGUAGCAGAAUAUGAAAAGUCAAGAAAGCUAAAUUUAGAAAAAUUAAAAACAAAAUUUGUCCAGACAAAAUAAUAGGUUUUACAAUGAGGUUGUAAAAGGUAACAAAAUAAAUGGCUUCAAAACCUAAGAUACUAAAACACAACCGUUUGCUUUGAGAGUGACUAGCAAUAAUGAAACAUAAUCCACGGUUUGGUCGGGAAGUGAGCCAGCCUGUGAGUUCCUUUGCGUCAGAAUGUACUUGAACUUCUGCUGUAUGCUGGGUCAUAUCACUGAAAUGGAGGAAACUGGAGCGUGACCUUAGAUUUGUGGAACAAAGAAGUAAAAAAUGGGAUUUUUAAGACAUGCCAAGAACUAGAGUCUGUUGCCCGAGGAGGGAGCAGUAGUGUGAAAAAACGGGAGGGGAGGGAUCCUGAUUUGGACGGGCAACAACACACACAUCUGGAAAACAUUAAGGAGAGGGACAGCGAGUGGAAGAAGGUGGGACAGACAAAGGCAGAAAUCUGUGAGAAGAAAGGCGUUAAACAUACGCUGAAGUCUUUCAGGUUGAAAUUAUGUUUAAGUUACAAGUCUUUGGAAAAACAAGUUAACCUGUAAAAAUAGAGAGACUUACUUCACCCAGGAAGGAGGAAAAUAGAAGGAAGGAAAGCAACUUUAGGCGCCUGGCCGCUUCAGAGACCAAAUCUAGGACAACUGUCAAGCUAACAAAGCAUUAAGGGAGUUUGGCUUUAAGAGGAGUGUGACAAGAACUGAGAGAAGUAAAAGUCAUCUUCAGCAGGGUCAGAUGGCCCCUCACCUCAUGGCCAUAAGGAGGUGAAAUGGGGAGAAACCAGUGAAGGCCUGAGGUGCUUCUACAGGCAAAAAGGAGGAUGUCUGUGUCUCGGAGGUGCUUGUGCUGCGUUAAAUACUUGAUGUUUAUCUUCAAUCUUAUCUUCUGGCUGGGAGGAUGCGGCUUGUUUGGCAUCGGAGUCUGGCUAUCCUUCACACAGGCCGAGUUCUCCUCUCUUCCAUUGUCCUUUCCAUCGCUCUCAGCUGCCAAUCUGCUGCUGGUUGCUGGUGGUAUCACUAUGGUCAUAGGAUUCCUGGGUUGCCUUGGAGCUCUAAAGGAGCAGCGCUGUCUUUUGUGCACUUUCUUUGUAAUCCUGUUGAUCCUGGUCCUGACAGAGGUCACUUUGAUGCUGGUUUUAUACUACCUCCAUGACAAGGUGGAGUUACAUGCCAAGAGUAAUUUAAAGGAUGGUAUGAAGAAAUAUAAUUCAGAAAAUGAGCUGCAAAAAUCCUGGGACAAUGUGCAAAAAAUGUUCAAAUGCUGUGGAGUGAACAACAAAACAGACUGGUAUGAAGUGCUGAACAGAACGCUGCCCUUGUCCUGCUGCCCCGGUGCUGAGAGAGAGACGUGUAAAGAAUGGAGUGAGCAGGGAUGCUAUGCGAAGGCCAAAAACUGGUUGAGUGACAACAUCCGCCCCGUCCUUGUGUUUGGCGUGUGCAUCGGUGUUGUACAGAUCUUGGCCCUGGUGUUUUCCAUGCAGAUGUAUUGUCAAAUUCUUCAUGCUGAGAAGAACUUGGACUAACAGCCGGGUACCGACUCACAUGGACAGUGUGGCUGGUCAUAAACAUUAAGGGGAAAACCUCCAGGCCCUUAAGCGGGCUCUGAGAAAUGCUCUGAGGUGACAGGGUAACAAUUAUUCCAAUACAACUUUUUCUAUAGUGGGUAUGUUCAGCGUAGAUCAGCCAAAAAAUCAUGUUCUUAACUUCAUCAAUUUAAACACUACAUAUUGCAUUGGUAUGUACAUUUAUUUAUUUUCUAUUUUCUGCUGAUUCAGUCUCUGCUGGCUCAUGCUAUUGCUCCUGUGCUGUAUUUAAGGGCUUAUUUGCUAAACAAACUGGCUUGUUUUAUCAAUGUGUUCCUUUUAUCAAUGCAAAUGUGACGGUAAAAUAGCUGAAGUAUUUCAUGUGAGCAACAGUUCUGAUCUGGUAGAAUCAAAAACACAGACAUUAAUCAAGUUUUCUCUCAUAAGCAUUUAGGUAUUACUAGACACUGACUUCCCUUCAACUCAUUGCAGAUUAUUUGAGUGUAAUAUCAUUCUGUGGCAGACUGAAAUGUGAACAGGGCAUCAUCAUGCAUACACAUUAUGCUCCAGCAGAUUUAUUGUUGUUGUUGAUUAGUGUUUUCUUCACGAUACUGGGGUAAACUGUGCAAGCUGCGCAAUGUUGCCAGAUUGGACUGGUUUCCCCCCAGUUGGGCUUCUUUUGAACAGGUUGGGCUGGGGAAAAAAUACCUUUGGGCAGGUUGCGGAUAUAUUUGGAAGGCACUAAAAAGUUUAUGUUCUUAGGUCAAAAGUUAGAAUGUGUUGUUGUAGGCUGCUAUUUUUAACAUUUGAUGGAUUUUUGCAAAUAAUUCAAAAAAAAUUCGAUCAAAACAUUUGUCAUUGUGUGACAGAAAAGUGGAAAAGUUCACGUCUCAAAAUGUUGUCUUUUCACUCAUAUCAAAAGUUCACUUAUAUUAUAUAUUACAUUAUAUAUAUUAAAAUAGAGAAUCUGCCAAACUUGAUGUCAUCAAUCAGUGAUGGUCAUUUGUUAGUCAACUGUCUCUGUGAAAUUAUAUUGGUCAAUAGCAAACACCCCGAAAUGCUGUUAAGUGUUCAUCUAAUAUAGACUGAGGUGCGGCCUUUCAUUUGUUAAGCUUUGACUUGAUGUUGAGAGACAGCGUCAUGCUGAAGGGGGAAAAUAUAAAAAAUAUCCAGAAAGCUAAACGGGUGGAUUGCCCCUGUCCCAGAGGAUGACUCCAAAGCUUGUUGUAAUACACAAAUCUCAACGCAACCUCAUGAUUUUAAAGAACAUAGUGCCACAAAAAAAUAGGUCGUGUUCCAUGAAAUGAAUCUGGUGCUGCUCAGAACGUACAUAGACAUUUUUGGAGGCAGGUGCUCAAGCCAAAAAAAAAGGACAUCUACCAUAAAUAUAUUUCUAAAAUUAUAAUUUAAGAAGUUUAGAUAUUUAUGCUUUCAUAGCCUUGCUUUGCUUGGCAUUAUGCUGCAAAAUUUGUGAAUGAAAUAAAUCAAUGUGCUGUGGUUGUAAUCAAGAGAUUCACUGAAUCAGCUGAGAACAGACUGCACAAUAGUUACCUGCGUCGAGGAAUUACUAUUACUAUGAGUUUUUACACGAAUAAUAAACCAUUAACCAAUAUCAAUAUAACUCAUGUAGCUCAUCUUAAGACCUCCCUUUCAUUUCAAAUCACAAACCUACUUUAGGUAGUUAAUGUUAACAAUGGAAGAAUGAUUAUGCUGAUAAAAUAAAAAAAUACAGGUAGUUAACUUUUUCCUAUUUAUUCAUUGUGUUUUGUUUGCUGCUCUAUAUCAUAGAACAUUAUAUUCAGCCUUCUAUAUAAAUUAGACUGUAAUGUACAAAACAUGUAGGCCAGAGGUGUCCAGUGUCGGACUUCGAGGGCCGGUGUCCUGGCAGCAGUUGAUGCAGUUUGCCCUCCAGUGCUCAGCACCACAUGGAGGCUACGUGUAGGAGCAAAAGGGAGAGGCAAGGCGGAGGCCUGUGCUUGUGUGACUGAGAAUUCCACUCUUUCUGUGUAAGACAGGAAUCUGACACCUGAGGGUAGGCUACUUCUAGGCUUGUUUGCAUACUACACAGUGAUUGGGAGUUAACUGGAGGGCCAGGAUGGCAGGGUCUCUGCUGACUCCAGACAGACGAUCACAGGCUGCCCAGACGUACGGAGCCCAAAAAGUGUCAGGCUCCAUAAAGAAGUGACAGCACGGGGCAGAGGCACUACAGAGAGGACAAAAAACCCUCUGGCUUUCAGCAGAUUUGAUUUAGGGGGGCCUUGCCCCCUCUUGUCCAUGUGUAUAGCUGGCCCCAGUUCAAACUGAAAUUUUAUGAUUGUAAAGUUUGCAUUUUUAAAAACGUUAAGAUUAUCAUGCAGUAUCUCCAUUAAUUCUGUCACAAAUUUAAAGGUAAAUUUUAACUUUUCAUUUAAAUGAAGUGAUACAUAGUUUGUUCAUGUUAUGUUGAGAAACCUUUAAACAUUUGGUCUGUAAUGUUGCUUAACUAGACUCGGUGUGUGUCUGAAUAAGACUUUGUUUUCAUGUGUUUAAAUGAGAAUAUUUUCAGUUAAAUUACUUUGUUGUUGUUGUUUUAAUAAUGUUUAUAUAUGAUUUCUCUUUCAAUGUCCGAGCAUAGUUGGCCAAAGGACUUAGAAAAUAAUAAUCUUGAAUGUAGUAAAAACCUGUCAUAUCUUCAUCUUAAAGUAAAAACUAUACAACCAUC